AUGGCGGCUGCUUGGCGAUCAAACCUUGGUAAAUACGUGAGGGAAAUCCGUAUUCAUUUGUGUCAAAAGUCACAGAGCAGUCAAGGGACGAGGUAAGCAAUACGAAUAUCAGUUAAUAAUCAUAGGACAAUCGUAUAGUAUGUUUUGAUAUACUUUCUUCGGUAUUUCGUUUUUACAAUUUCUGAGGCGAACAGUCGUCACAAGAAGUCUUGCAAUAUUUAGUUUAUUAGCUUGUGUAGCUGAUAUAAAGGCCAAGAAAACAUCGCUUUAAUGGUCUUCCAGUAGGGAAAACUUGAAAAAAAUCUUUUUAGUCACAAGAAAAGUCUCCUGCAGGUUAACUGAUUUGUUUUCCAAAAUGUGGGAUAUCAAAACCAAGAAUGGAAAAAAGUGUGUGUCUGAUCUGUGUCUAAGAAAACUGGAAUGAGAUUAGGACUAAAAGGAAGAAUGUGAGUAUUUUCUCCAAUUACAAUUGUUCACCAAACGUACCUCAGAUGGAAUAUGUUUGAAUAGACUUUCAUUUUUCAACUGACUACCUUAGCAAAUGUUCAUUUAUUUCCAAUCUAAUCCGUUCCUUGGUGCUCAUGUUCCUUCCCAAUCCUUUCCCAGUGCAUCUCUCACUCUUCGUCUUUUCUCUUUGUAUCAAAAGCCCUAACUUCAUAUAUGAACUUAUAGGAAAGAAAACAGGGAUGGCAGACCCCCCCCCCCCCCCCCCCCCUCUUUUCCCACAAAAAAAAAACCCUCCACAGGGGGGACACCCACCCCCCCCCCCCCACCAGACCCCUCACCCCCCCCCCCCCCCCACCCCCCCCCCCCCCCCCCCCCCCCCAAACCAAUCCCCCCCCCCCCCCGCUAACACUCCAACUAAACUUUAUAUUUCGCGCUCCUGCCUGUCCCCGCUCCACUUUCCGCCUGUAUGUCUUUUCUUUACUCAAAUAAUCCCCCGCUACCUAUCGAGAAUCUAAUGAAGAAAAAAGGGGUGGCGCCACCCCCCCCCCCCCCCCCUUGCUUUUUGCAAACAAAUAAAUACUCGCUAAGGUGGGAGUCUCCCUGGCCUGCCCACUGCAAAUCACUAUCAGCCUCCCUCUCCCCUAAUCUCCCCCCUCCCCUGUACACCUGGAAAAAUGUUCCGCCAUGCUCUGAUAAUAGAUUCAAUCAAAUUGCAUUGACUGGGCAUUACAAGUGUUGAUGUUUAUGUGUCUACUAAAGGCUAAAGUUCAAGCGUUCUCCAUUUUGUUUCAGUGAUUGGUAACAUAAAAAUAAAUAAAUAAAAAACAAGCAAACAAUGUUUUCAAGCUGGAACUUUUUCUUUUGUUCUGCAGGGACUUUUUGGAAAAAUACUACAUUGGCUUAAAGAAGGAUAAUCCUAAGCUCCCCAUCCUUGUGAGAGAAUGCAGUGGCAUUCAGCCAAAGAUGUAUGCAAGAUAUGGUAAGGGCUAAAACCAUCACAGGCAGCUCAUGAAGCUCAUACCCACAGUUACCAGACUCUGUGGGGGUAUUUCUGGAAGUUGUGAUGAUCCCUAUUGACAAAACCACAAAUUUGGAGAUUGAGAUGUUGAUUUGCAAGCAAAGACUUUGUUGAAAAAAAAAUGACGAUUGAAAUAAAAGCAAUGUCAGCAGGUACCCAUGGAGAGGCCCAGUUAUCAUAUAAUAAUUUUAUGUCUCAGGUUAUCACUGAGAUUGUUGGAAUACCAAUAUAUCCAUUUUCUUUUGAAGUAUAUUAGUUUUUGAAGAUCCCUUGGAAAAAUCCGUUAUUUAAACGUGUACUGGUAAACUGUUCUAAAUUGUUCUUCUGAAGUGAGAGUAUUUAGCAUAUCCCUGACUAUAUUUAUCUGUACCCUUUUUGUCUACAAUUAUUUUAUUCUAGCUGUUGGCUGGUAUAGCUAUGUAACUUGCUGGUGUACAUAGAUAAGUGGUUAUGCUGCAAACAUUUGUAUAGGCCAUUUCCGAAUUACCUCAAGCUUCUGUUUUAAAGCGAGCCUACCGUAAAAUUCCGAAAAUUACCCCCUCCAUGUAUAAGCCCUUCCAAAUACAAGCCCCCCAAAAUCGUAAAGCAAAAAACCCUUCGUUAAAUUGCCCCUCCAAAUAUAAGCCCCCCGGGGGGCUUGUACUUGGAAUUUGCCCACGAAUACAAAGUAAAACAAAGCAAAAAUUGUAAAUUUCCUUCACACUACAAGCUAGCGCAAUUGAUUUUGAAGUGCAAAUUUCCCUCCGUACAUAAGCCCCUCUGAAUAUAGGCCCCUCCAAAAAUAAGCCCCUCAAAAAGCGCCUUUGAAAAAUGUAAACCCCAGGGCCUAUUUUUGGAAUUUUACGGUAUUUGCAAAGCCAUUGAUAUGAAAAUGAUUUUUUAUUCUCAUGCAAAUAUAACCCAUUUUCAAAAGAAACGUUGUGCAUUUGGCCUAAUUUUGACAGUGAGAGUUUUUGGAUCUUGAAAAUGGCCAAUUAUUGCACUAGCAGUACUGUGUCAUCCUUUGUCACUAUUGGCAGAUAGGAAAAUGGCUGGGGUGGGAAGAGGAGAGGAAGGGUAACACUAAGACUACGCUUGAGGAAAACUAAUACUUAGCAAGUGAAACCCCUAAGAUAAGAUCAAGACAACAGAAAUGACAUAGAUUGUCUACAGACCCGGUAUGAGACAAUUGUGAUGCUUUAUUAAUUUAUACUGUAGUCCAGCUUUGGUGUGUCACAUAAGUCAUACCUGAUGGGUGUGGUCAUGUUUCAUAUCUUUCAGGCUAUGGAAAAGAGAGUUCAGUACAGCUAAACAAUUUGGACAGUGAAGGAAUUUUAAAAGCAAUGGAGAAACUUGUGGCAUCAGGAACAUCUGCAUGA